UCCCGUACAUCACGCUAUUGACAACUGGAACUCAUUGUGCACAUAGGACGGAUUUAAAAGCAACGCCGUAGCUCCUCAAUGCCAGGAAACAGGUGUCACCAUGAAUAAAGAAGACGUCAAUAUUUAUAGCCACGGCUGAAAGAGAACAACUAAGAGCAAUCAAUACAUCUGAAAACUGUUCAUUUAGGUGGAUAGUUUAGGAUGUGCUCUAUACAUGAAGCAUGGUUAGCAUGAGUAGCUCAAGAACAUUCUGGCAAUGUUGAUCCGGCAUCGUUUCAUGUGUAUUUUGGUGGUUUCGGCUGUGGCCAUCAUUGUCGUUGCUGUACAAAGCACAACACGUGGCUAUAAAAGACACAACACAGAAGAACAUGUGGAUAUCAAUCAGUUUUCAAAAGGAGAACAUAUUUUAACACUGGACUCGAAAAGUAACUCGGGGCAGUCAUGUGUGUACCCUGCCCGUGAACCAAGUGGUGCUCCGUGUCCACAGAAUCAUCUUCGUGAGAAACGACGAAUACUAAAUGAAUCGCUACCAUGGAUUGAACUUGAGACGACCUUGAAUGCGUCCAAGACACUUCUCCCCGGGGGAUACCACCAACCGCUGGGAUGUGCCUCACCACAGCGACUUGCCAUAAUAAUUCCCUACAGAGACAGAGAGGUGAACCUGAAGAUCCUCCUCAACAACCUCCACAGAGUGCUCCAGAAACAACAGGCGGAAUAUGUCAUCUUUGUGGUGGAGCAGGAAAACGGUACACCGUUUAACAGAGGAUUGAUUAAAAACAUUGGGUACCUUGAAGCCAAGGCUCGUUGUCAUUUUGACUGUUUCACCUUCCAUGAUGUCGACUUGGUGCCUGAGAGUGAGAGGAAUACCUACUGGUGUGGGACAAAUGCUGUGCAUCACGCUCGAAGACUCGACAUAUGGAAAUAUAGGGUAAUAUACACCUACCUCUUUGGUGGGGUAAUCACCUUCAACGAGACGUUUUUCUCCACCAUCAAUGGUUACUCCAACUUGUUCUUCAUGUGGGGAGCGGAAGACGAUGACCUGUUUCACAGAGUGCGGAAGAAACAUUUGAAGUUUGAAGUCAGCAAAGACCCUCGUUACACUGCACUGAAGCAUACCAAAGAAACAAGACAUCCUGAAGAAAAGAUAAAAAUCUAUACAAACAGCACUCAGAGGAUGGACACGGACGGGCUCAACAGCAUGGGAAGGCUUUACAGAGUUAUAUCUGUGGACUACAAGCCACUUUACACUCGAAUAUAUGUAUCUAUUAAUCAAACAGAAAUAUAUACUCAGCUGAGGCAUUAUGGCAUAAAUUUGUAAAUACCAAUUAAUAUUGAUAAAUUUGUUUGAAAAGAAAUGACAUUCCUUUUGGUCCUUCAAUAACCCGUAUAAUACACACGACAUACAAUCUGAUGAGCGUUCGGAUGA